CCUCCCACUCUAACCGGGGGGCACGCUGUGCAGCGAUCGGUGCUGACAGCACAUGAGGAGAGGAAAGCCGGUAAUCGGCAUUCCUCAAAGGGGACAUCUACAAUGAUCAUCAAGGGCUGAUCAUCAGUGCCCUGAUUAUCAGUGUAGCCCCAUCAUUGCCACCUGUCAGUGCCCAUCAAUGCAUCCUGUAAGUGCCCAUCAAUGCCACGUACCAGUGCCCAUCAGUGCAUAUCAAUGCCACAUAUCAGUGCCAUCAGAGCUUCCUUUCAGUGCCAACUAUCAGUGCCCGUCAGUGCUGCCUAUCAGUGCCCAUCAGUGCCACCUAACAGUUCCAAUCACUGCCACCUAUCAGUGCCAGCCAGUGCCGCCUAUCAGUGCCCAUCAGUGC